AUGGCGCUUGACAUCGGCGCCAAGGAGCGGUGCGCUCGGGUGGUUCGCGUGGCCGGAGACGUGGCCGAUGAAAAAAUUUGGCAGAACGGAGAAAUACUUGAAGGAAGUAAGAUGGCUUUGUAUGCCGGAGUGAUGAUGUAUUUGGCCAAGAACUCCAAUCGAACGGACAAUAUUUCCGAAAGCGUUCAAGUCGUUGAGAAAUCGACGAAAAUUAACACUCAAGACGUCGAACCGGUGCUGGAAUUCUUCAAUUCUCCUAUGGCUUCGGUGUGCGUUUCGGUUUUGCAGGACGUGGUAUUAAAUAUUGCCGACUCCGUGGCGUGUGCUUACGUGACGUGUGCGCGUGAAAGCGGGCUACAAGCGCCUGUAAAUGGUGGAGUCGCACGUACGGAGGACACAGGAGCGGUCGUGCGCAUUCCACCGUUCAGAGACGCGUUGAGCGUUCGCUUGAAGAGCACACGUUCGUUGGAAAAAUUUCGAAAUGAAACAUCAUUGCGCACGUGGCUUGCACGCAAUUAUUACGACGUGGUCGCGAUGUACGAAGAUUGGCAUAAAUUGUGGGGCAUGAAUGCAAACGGCGAGCUCGUGACGAGGAAAAUUCACGUUUGUCGCCAGCCAGAGCUCGCAAAGGUGAAGGGAUUUCGUUUAGCUGUUUCUAUGAUAAUAGAACUCGCUGAUGUGAGCCUUCCCUUGUUCAGAAGCGCACUGAACAACUGCAGCCGGGUGGCUUCUUGGUUACUGGUGACAUUAAUUGGCCGUUCGCUUGGAUUGGUGUAUCGUGGAAUCAAAGAAAGCAUGGACCCUCAAAACAGAGUGAAAUUCACGUAG